AUGUGGAGUUGGUUUGGCGGGGCAGCCGCUCAACAGCGGAAGGAUGCACCAAAAAACGCCAUUCUGAUGUUGCGGCAACAGCUGGACAUGUUACAGAAGAGAGAAAGGCAUCUAGAAAGUCAAAUGGCAGAGCAAGAUGCUUUAGCCCGGAAGAAUGUAUCAACCAAUAAAACCGCUGCCAAAGCUGCUCUGCGUCGCAAGAAGGUCCAUGAGCGUACCCUCGAACAAACAUCAGCGCAGAUCGCUCAAGUUGAACAACAAAUUUACUCCAUCGAGGCCGCCAAUAUCAACCAAGAAACCUUGAAUGCAAUGAAGAAUGCCGGAGCCGCAAUGAAACAAAUACACGGAAAUCUCACGAUCGACAAAGUCGACCAAACCAUGGACGAGUUACGUGAGCAACAUGCUCUCGGUGAAGAGAUUGCGAAUGCUAUCACAAACGCUCCUAUCGGCGAACCAGUCGAUGAAGCCGACUUGGAGGAUGAGUUGGAAGGCUUAGAGCAAGAAGCCAUGGACGAGAGGAUGCUGAAGACCGGGCCUACUCCGGUGACUGGAGAAAUCAACAGAUUACCCUCCGUAUCUACUGGUCCAGGUAAGUCCAUGCAGAUUGGAGUUGCCCCUGGUACUAAUCACUCUAUUCCAGUCAAGCAAUCCACUGUCGAGGAAGACGAGGAAGAGGAACUUCGCAAGCUGCAAGCCGAGAUGGCCGUAUAA